AUGUUGGAUAGUAUUUGCAAUAAGCUUGCUAUUAUCUAUGGCUUAGAUAUUGUUCUUGAUCUACAAUUAGCUAAUAAAGAGAUCAACAAAUUCUUUAGUCUCAUAUGUAAUGUUUUUUUCUUAAUUAGCAAUAUCACUCUAUAUCUCUAA